AUGCUUAAAAUUGGAAAAAACCAAGAAUAUGAGAUCUAAACAGAUUAGCAAAUAGGAGAAGGUGCUUUUAGCAAAGUCUAUCGCUGUUAAAAGAAAGUUGAAAACCAAAAGUAUGAAUUAUGUGCCAAAGUACAUUUACUAAUAAUCAUAGAUUAUAAACAUUACUUCUGAUAAUCAAGAAGAUAUUAACCGUGAAUAUGAGAUUUGUUAAUUGAUUUAAUAAAAAUAAAAUCCCAAUCUAGUCACAAUUCAUUAUUUAGAAAUGAAUAAACAAAAAUCAUCCUUAUAUAUAGUUAUGGAAUAGUGCUUUUCUACCCUUCAUGAAGAUCAGUAGAAAAAAAAAAUAUAUUCGGAACAAGAAAUAUUAGAUUUUUUGUUAUAAUUUAUAAAUGGAUAUAAAGUUCUCUAUGAUUUGAAUAUUAUUCAUAGAGAUAUUAAACCAGAUAAUAUUCUAAUUUAAUUUUAUGACAAUAAGAAAUACUAUAAAUUGGCUGAUUAUGGAAUAGCCAGAAUUUGUAAAUAAAAUGAUCUAAGGAUAACCGAAAAAGGUUCUCCAUUAUUUGCAUCUCCUGAAUUAAAUUCCCUGAAUAAAGAUGAUGAUCUAAAAAAAAAUUUUGCUGAAAUGAGAUAAUAGAAUUAGAGAAGUGCUGUUGAUAUUUAUUCUGUAAUUAUUUACUUAUAUAAAGCUUGGUAUAUUAUUACAUUUGAUGGUCACUGGAAAGUAUCCAUUCAAAAGUAAAUAAUAAAGGAUAAUUGAUUUUAUGAAUAAAAUCUAAAUAGAACCUUUUUAAAUAAAAAAAUCUAUGAAUGAAAAAUUUAAACUUUUAAUAGAAAAAAUGAUUGUCUAUGAUCCAAAAUAAAGAAUGACAUUUUAAGAUCUAUUAGAAAAAAUUAAUCCCUAACUUAAUGCGAAUCUGAUAAAUAAUUAGACAAUUUUCUAAAAUAUCCUUCAAUAAAAUAGUAGAAUAAAUUAAUUUAAUGCUGCUAGAUUAUAAACAAGUUAAUCUCUAUUACUUAAUUAAUAAAAUCCAGGUCAACAACAAACCCCAAGCUUUAUAAUAAAUUAACAAAAUCGUUUUCAAUAACAAACCCCUCAAUAAAAUAUAUUACCUAAUUAACAAAAUCCUUUUCUAUAACAAAACCCAAGUUUGAUAAUAAAUUAAUAAAACAAUUCACAAUAAUAAACCACUCAAUAAAAUAUAUUAUUUAAUUAACAAAAUCCAGGUCAAUAACAAACCCCAAGUUUUCCAAUAAAUUAACAAAAUACUGCUGAAUAAAAAAUCAGCCAAUAAAAUGUAAUCCUAACUUCACUAAAUGCUUCUAGAUUUCAAACUAAUUUAGGUGUUUUAAAUUAACAAAAUCCUUUUCAAUAACAAAACCCAAGCUUGAUAAUAAAUUAACAAAACAAUUCACAAUAACAAUAACAAACCCCUCAAUAAAAUUUAUUACUUAAUUAAUAAAAUCGUUUUCAAUAAUAAACCCCUCAAUAAAAUUUAUUACUUAAUUAACAAAAUCCUUUUCUAUAACAAAACUCAAGCUUCACAAUAAAUCAAAAAAAUGCUCAAUAAUAAAACUCUCUAUAAAAUAAUCCACUCAAUUAACAAAGUGUUCCUAAAUAACUAAAUCCUGAAAACACAUCAAUUAACAUUUCAAAAUUUCAAAUAGCAAAACCCGAAACAAAUAAUUAAAUAAAAACAAUCAAUAUUAAUACUGUAUUGACUGGCUAUUUAAAAAAAUCUAUGUAACUAUUUUAAAUAUUAAAGGUACAUUUAUAAAAAUAUUUUGGAUGAAGCUAAAUUAAAAACUGUAGAAGAUUACAUUCAAGGAAAUUGUAAAUUAAAUGAGAUUCAAAAAUUAUUUGAUAACUUUGACCAAAAAAUAGAUUAUACAAAAGAGGACAUAUAAUUUUAUUACUGCUUGAAAUAUGGAUUAAAGAAUUAAUCAGCUAUCAAUAUAAUAUCAACAGAGGAAUAAUUUGAAGAUUUAAAAAGUGAAAAAAAUUGA